CAGCGAUUAUUCUUCAGACAGGACAGGUGUCGAGGUGACUGUGGUGGAUUUUACUCUUAAGUAUUAGUCCAGUACAGUCCAGUGCGGAAGGAUGGCACGGAAGGGAGAAUGCUGCGGCCUGAGUUCCCUGGAGGUUCUGCUCGUCGUGCUGUUCUUGAGCAUGACCGGGGUGUCCGUAGGUCUGAUUGCAGUCAUGGCAGUCGGGUGGAACGCUACAUCGCCAGAGGCACCUAAACCCACCAGUGGGCCCACACAGGGUCCCCCAGAGAACCACUUCCUUGUAGGGGUAGGCCGAGCAGACUGCACAGGACCUGUUGGGGAUGUGCCCCUGAUGGGCUACGCCAACUUGGACCAAACAGCAGGGGGGAUCCACUUCCGUCUCUACAGCAGGGCCUUCAUAGUGGAUGAUGGGAGCAAGAGAGUGGUGUUUGUCACUGCUGAUAUUGGUAUGGUCUCCCAAAGGCUGAGACUCGAGGUCCUGAGAGUGCUCCAGGAGAAAUAUGGAGACCUGUACAGACAAGACAACGUGAUCCUGAGUGGCACACACACACACUCGGGCCUAGCAGGAUACUUCCAGUACACUCUCUUUAUGAUCACCAGCAAAGGCUACAUCAAGUCCUCCAUUGAGCCCAUUGUCAAUGGCAUUGUCAAGAGCAUUGACAAUGCCCACAAGAGUCUGAGACCAGGCCGCAUCUUCGUCGGCCGGGGUGAGCUGGAGGAGAGCAACCUGAACCGAAGCCCCCAGUCCUACCUGAACAACCCAGAGGAGGAACGCAGGAGGUACACAUCCAACACUGACAAACAGGUGGUGAUGCUAAAGUUCACUGACCUGGAUGGGGACGGCUUGGGUAUGCUCAGCUGGUUCGCUGUCCACCCUGUCAGUAUGAACUACACCAAUCAGAUGGUUAGUGGAGACAACCUGGGCUACGCCUCCUAUCUGUUUGAGCAGGAAAAGAACAUCAACGCACUUCCUGGUGAGGGCUCAUUCGUAGCGGCGUUUGCCUCCAGUAACCUUGGCGACGUGUCCCCGAACACCAUGGGCCCUUACUGUGUGAACACAUGGGAGAAGUGUGACUAUCUCAACAGCUCCUGUCCCAUUGGUGGGACAAAAAUGUGUGUUGGCUUCGGACCAGGGAAGGACAUGUUUGAGAACACCAGGAUCAUUGGGGAGAACAUUUACAAAAAAAGCAAAGAACUUUAUGGGAAUGCAAAGCAGGAACUGCGGGGGUCAGUGCACUUUGCCCACCAGUGGGUCAACAUGACUGAUGUCACUGUGCAGAUCAACUCCACACACACGGCUAAAACAUGUAAACCAGCUCUCGGCCACAGCUUUGCUGCAGGAACGACAGAUGGUGGAGGUGACCUCAACUUCACCCAGGGUGCUGUGGAGGGGGAUCCCUUUUGGGACGGGAUCCGGGACGCUCUCUUCGGUGAGCCAUCCAACGAGACGCGGGACUGCCACGAGCCCAAACCCAUUCUGUUCAACACUGGAGAGAUGAACUGGCCCCUACCAUGGCACCCACAGAUAGUGGAUGUUCAGAUCAUCACCAUUGGCUCAGUGGCCAUUGUAGCCACCCCUGGAGAGCCGACCACCAUGGCUGGGAGGAGGAUGAGGGACGCCAUCAAACAGGAGCUAGAGGCCCAAGCGGGAUUCUCCAAUACUGAAGUCAUCAUCGCUGGUUUAUGCAACAUCUAUACCCAUUACAUCACAACCUAUGAGGAGUAUCAGGUUCAGCGAUAUGAGGCGGCCUCCACCAUCUAUGGACCUCAUACUCUUGAGGCUUACCUGCAGCACUUCAGGAGCCUGGCCAAGGCCAUCGCAGAGGGUAAAGUAGCUGAGCUGCCCAAGGGCCCCGAACCUCCGUUCUUCAACGAGAGCAAACUCUUCUCCCUGCUGACCGCAGUGCCAGUGGACAACGCGCCAGUCAACACCACCUUCGGAGAUAUCCUGGAGCAGGUCUACCCCGUCUACAAAGUGGGAGAAGUGGCCUCCGUCACAUUUGUUGCAGGAAAUCCAAGGAACUCAGGAGAUAUGACUGAUAAGACUUUCAUCACUGUCGAGAAGUUUCACAACGCUUCCCAAACAUGGACAGUAGUUCACACAGAUGCAUCCUGGGAAACACGAUUCCACUGGCUGAAGGGCGCUGGAGGUCAGAGCAAUGCGACGGUGGAGUGGCAUAUCCCUCCUUCUGCUCAGACUGGCACUUACAGGAUCAGCCACUUCGGACACUACAAGCGGCGAAUUAACUUCAGACCCGUUAUCAUAGCUUAUAACGGCACCUCUGAUGCCUUUCAAGUCACAAAAGCCAUGGCAUACUGGUCCUGAGUCAGUGAUUUGGUGACCGAAUGAUAAGGUAAAAAAGCUGAAGUACAAUAUGAUCACAGAUAGCCUUUACAUCUAGUGUAAAUGUUGAUACACUUUUUGUUCGGUAGUGUUGAUCGAUUAGUCAUGUCUGGUUCGAUACAAAGACUUAUGGCAAAGUCUCUGAAAUAAGACUCUUUCCAUGUUUGUGAGAUGAGUUAGCUGUGAGAUAUUGUUGAUAUUUAUUAUGAUGAGACUAAAUGGAAUAUCAUACAGUGUUAUAGAGGCUACAUGAGUAGAGAAUUCUGCGAUCAUUUUCUGAGGUGGCUGUUUUUUUUCUCCCUGUGCCAACAGUUUAUUAAUAUAUUCUGUGUUGUACUGUGAUGCUAAAAAUUGUACAUAUAAUUGCACAAAUAAAAGACAUACAUCCCA